ACCGCCGGCGGGCGGGCGGACUGACGCGCCGGGGCUGGGAACAUGAACUUCGCGCGCCUCUGGCUGGGGCUGCUGCUGCCUUUGGCAGCUGCGCUGGAUUUCGGCUACCACCACCAGGAAGCAAUGGAAGCGUUUUUGAAGAAUAUUGCCCAUAACUACAGUUCUAUCACUCACCUGCACAGUAUUGGGAAAUCUGUGAAAGGCAGAAACCUCUGGGUUCUUGUCGUGGGGCGGUUUCCAAAAGAACACAGAAUUGGGAUUCCGGAGUUCAAGUACGUGGCAAAUAUGCAUGGAGAUGAGACUGUAGGCCGAGAACUGCUGCUUCAUUUAAUUGAGUAUCUCGUAACUAGUGAUGGAAAAGACCCUGAAAUCACAAAACUAAUCAAUAGUACCCGGAUACAUAUCAUGCCUUCAAUGAACCCAGAUGGAUUCGAAGCUGUCAAAAAGCCUGACUGUUAUUAUAGUAAUGGAAGGGAAAAUAGUAACGACUAUGACUUGAAUAGAAACUUCCCUGAUGCUUUCGAAUUUAACAAUGUAACAACUCAGCCUGAAACCAGGGCAGUCAUGGAGUGGCUGAAAACAGAGACAUUCGUCCUCUCUGCGAACCUCCACGGCGGUGCCCUGGUAGCCAGUUACCCGUUUGAUAAUGGUGUUCCAGCAACUGGGACCUUACACUUGCGGAGUUUAACCCCUGAUGAUGAUGUUUUUCAAUAUCUUGCACAUACUUAUGCUUCAAGAAAUCCUGUCAUGAAGAAAGGAGAUGAGUGUAAAAAUAAAAUGAACUCUCGAAAUGGAAUUAUAAAUGGGUAUUCUUGGUAUCCACUUAAGGGUGGAAUGCAAGAUUACAACUACAUCUGGGCUCAAUGUUUUGAAAUCACAUUGGAGUUGUCGUGCUGUAAAUACCCUCGUGCAGAGAAGCUUACAUCUUUCUGGAAUGAUAACAGAGCCUCAUUAAUUGAAUAUAUGAAACAGGUGCACCUAGGUGUAAAGGGUCAAGUUUUUGAUCAGAAUAAAAAUCCAUUACCCAAUGUGAUUGUAGAAGUCGAAGGCAAACAACAUAUCUGCCCUUAUAGAACCAACAAAUUUGGAGAGUAUUAUCUCCUUCUGUUGCCUGGGUCCUAUAAGAUAAAUGUUACAGUCCCUGGACACAAUCCAUUCCUAACAAAGGUGAUUAUUCCAGAAAAAUCCCAGAACUUCAGUGCUCUUAAAAAGGAUAUUUUACUUCCAUUGAGAGGGCAACUGGAUUUCAUUCCACCAUCAAAUCCUUUGUGUCCUACCAUCCCUCUAUAUAAUUUGCCAAGUCACUCGGCUGUAACAAAGUCUAGCCUGUUAGUAUUUUUGGUGACUCUUUUUCACAUAUUUCUCAAAUAAAGCAAAAUGUGAAACUCAGCUCUCAUCACCGCCUGGAAUCAGGGAUCACUCACGACAGGUUACUGCAACGCUAAGGCUCUCCGUGGGAUCUUGACUCGAUAAAGCCCACCAUCCUUUCUUCAGAAGAGAAUUGGUUGCUUCCAAAUCCUGCAACAACCAGUGUGUGGUGAUACAAAAGUAAUGAUUUGGUCUUGAUGAUGAAUGGAAGACAUCAACCUAUCAAGUACUACCCACUUACAUGUAAUCUUGAAAUAAUCUUAGAAAUUUGUAAGAAAGUAAACUUCAGAAACAAAAUGUUCCUACAAGAAAAAAGGACUUAAUGUUGUAUACAGAGAGCCAGAUGAAUACAAGUAUUGAAGAUGAACAUUUACUAAUCGCCUUGCCAUGAGGGUUAUGUGUGAAGAGAAAGUGCCAAAUGUUAGUUCUCAGUGCAGGAGGAAAAUGAGAACACUGGGGAGUUUUACAAAUCUUCUAAGGAAAUAUGAGGAAAAAAGGCAACCAUAUCUCAGUGGCCCAAGAAAAUAUGAGCCUCAGGGGAUGACAAGGUUGCGUCUAUAGAGCCCCAGGUCAAUUGAGUCCUUGCCUUUCUGCAAGUCUGUUAUGCUGAUGACUCCCAAAUGUGUAACUGUAUCCUCUUACCUGAGCUGCAGACUUAUGUCCAACUGGGCAUAUUCACCUGGUGUGGCCCAGAUACCUCAAACUCAUGUUGAAAAUCAAACAUACUUUUCUCCCUAGAGUUGCUCUUUCUCCUGUAUUCUGUCUCAAUUACUUGAAACCUGAAAGUUAUCCUUCAUACUUCUUCCUCCUUUAUCCCACAUAUCCGGUCAGAAAAGUCAACUUUUGUAUUAUAAAUUGGUUCUGCCCUCUUUCCAAGGCUGCAUAGACUGCCUCAUUUCAGCCGCCAUAGCUCACCUGCACCACUACAACCACCUUACUAGUCUCCUGCUCCUAUUCUCUUCAAAUCCAUCCUACACACAGUACUGGUGAAGGGAUUAAGGGCUGCCUAAAACAACAUCAAACAUCAAGUGCUUGUGGUUCCUACUCACAUAACAUGCUGUUUGUGUCCCCUGUGCUUGGUGUGCCAUUCUGACCCACUAUAUUGCCUUUCUACUCCUUUAAUAGUUCAGGUAUCAACUCCUAGGAGGCCUUUACUGACCAUCCAUUUCACCCUCUCCCAAACUGAGGUUAAAGGGCCUUUCCUCUGCUCCCCAAAUUAUUUUUGAAUUUAUAACAGUCUUAAGAUCUACUUCCAUUUGUGAUUUUUUGGGGGGAGGAGGGGGGGCAGACUGAGUUCCUAGAAGCCAGGGCUUAUUGAAACUUUUCAUUUCUGUAUUCUCAGAGCCUAGCACAUACUAGGGAAUGAAUGAAUAGAAUUCCUGCAGCCUGCCACUCCCAGUCUACCCCAUACAGGCUUUGAAUCAUUUUAUGAAAGUAGUAUUCUGUUUUGGCAAUCUCUAGCUCAUUAGUAAAACUGUCAGAAUAUUUUCAUAUGUGUAUCAAAAAAUAAAUGUAAAUACAGUGCUUUUACUGGAUUUUGCAUUUACCCAAAGGUUCAUAAUAAAAUUGUGUGUUACCGGUUAACACACUACAAGCUACCUUUUAAAAUCAGAAAACAAAAUAUUUACAACUAGUACUCAAUUUGAAGCAACUGUUCUCCAUUAUGAGAGCCUGUACUUAACCUAUCUAAAAACAUUUUAUGUAAGAAUUGACGGAGGGGGCCUCCCUGGUGGCGCAGGUGGUUAAGCACAGCGCUGUGAAGCUGUGUGCAGCCUCUGCAGUGCCGGUUCGAUCCCCAGCUUCGGAACUACUCACAUGGCGAGCAGACCUCUCCUGUCUCGCCCGCUGCUCCCCUCAGCAGUGUAUUUCUUCAGUCUGCCUGUUCUGUUCCCAGCUCUGUCUCUGGUGAAUCUUCUCACCCUCCCGUGCAUCUGGCCUGUACCCCAGUUCUUGUAUAAAUAAAUCUUAAAAAAAAAAAAAUUGACGGAGGAGCAUCAAACGGGAUAAAAGCAACUCUGGCAAGCAAAUUUCUAAGUGUUGUAUAUUCCAUAUGGAAAAUGAACUGCCUUUGUUAUUCUAUAAAGUUCUAUAGGAUCUGGAAAUGUAACUAUACUGGACUUGUUACGGAGUGAAUGAUGAGAACCACAGAUGUAUGGGAAACACUUGGGCAUUUAGGAGCUACCCCUAUGCUAAGCUUAUUCUACACAAACAAAAUCACACAUUAAUAUAAACAGAAUUUGUGGCCUCUCAACCUCAUCUUAUAAAAUCUGGUAACCUCAAUAUUUUGACUUUUACUUAAAUAAAAAGUAAUUUAUUAUAUACUGAAAGUAUCUUAAUAUUGCCAAAAAUGAUUUUGAUAUAUUACAUAUGAAAGUAUAUAAAACUCAAUUUGGUUUACCAUCAAGCCCUUAACAACUUUUCAAUCAGGCAUUCCAAGUUCUCAUUUUUUCUUGAUAGCAGUUUUGUUUUGUUUUUUUGAGAUUUAUUUAUCCAUACAAGCACUGGGUACAGUCAGAAGCACAGGAGGGUGAGAGAACUCACCAGAGUCAGAGCGCAGAGCAGAGCAGAGCAGGCAGACUGACGAAGUACACUGCUGAGGGGAGCAGCGGGCGGCAGGAGAGGUCUGUGCACCAUGUGGGACCCUCGCCCGGUGGCCGGGGAUCGAGCCGGAGCUGCAGAGGCAGCGGGCAGCCUCGCAACCCAGCGCUCAACCACUGUGCCACCGGGGAGGCCCCCUUGAUAACGGUUUUUGAAGGGGCAGGAACCAAAAUCUGAAUUGGUUCACCAUCCUUAAAAUAAAUUUAAAAAAUGUUUUUAAAAUCAGAAAUGUUAUUAGUAUCAACUUAAAAUCAUUCAGACAAGCAAAGUAAGUCUCCAAAUCAUACCUGAAUUAAUUUAGCAGAUUUAGGAUAGAUAUUAUGUAUCAAUGACACCAUGCUUGACAGUUUGUAAUGAAAGUAUAGAAGAACCCAUUAUACCCUCCACUGAUCAAAUGAAGUAUCCAGUAGAAGAAACAAUAAUGGAAUUCCAACCAUAGUCAGACCAGCUCCCCAAGUUUCUGCCAUUUCCUACUGUUCCCCACUCUCUAACCUGGUAGUUAUGCUCCCCAGGUUCUCAAUAAAUUCAGGUAUUUCUUUUAUAGAGAAACCAACAUGGCAAAGCUUUCAAAUGGGAGAAAAGAUAGCAUGUGAAAGAAUAAUUAUAAGGCAGGAGCACUGGUUUAAAACCCAUCUAACAUUCAGUUUCUUUACCUGUAAAACAAAAGUUCCUGCUUGACUGAUCUAUGACUGUCAGUAGCAGCAGCAUAUGAUAGUCACACUUUGGUUCGAUCUUGGUGCUACAUUAUUAAAGACCAAAUUGCCUCAAAUACAAACAGAAUUGGCCUGAGAACUGAAACACUGACUAGCUAGAAUGAUGAUUUAAUAAUAUUUAAGGAAACAGCUUUUUUUCAUGUACCUACUCAAGAUAAAUUGUAGCAUGAAUAAGUGCUGGGAGGUGGGGAGUAUUUUGGAAAAAUGUUAAGUUGCUGCAAUAAGUAUCAGUGUUGAUUUUGGUGCUUAAUUUAUCACAUUCAGAUGUGAACUGUUGGAUAUAACAGAAGUAUUAAGAGCCUCUCCUCAACAUUUCUGAAGUCUUUCUAAAAAAACAACCUUGGGCCUCCCCGGUGGCGCAGCGGUUGAGCGCUGGGUUGCGAGGCUGCCCGCAGCCUCUGCAGCACCGGCUCGAUCCCCGGCUGCUCCCCGGCCACCGGAGGAGGGUCC